AUGCGACCCGUCUAUUGCGCAGACCAACCUAAAGGCCUUGCGUCCAUAGAUUCUCUCCGCUUCGUACGCCUCGCCCGCCGCGUCUCUCCUCGCGGGGGUCCACUCCGCGCCUCCACGCCAUGGGCCCUCCUCGCCUCCACUGCGCUGCCGUCGCCUUCAUUGCCGCCUGCUGCUACGUCUGCUUCUCCCCCGCUGCUGCGCAAGCAGGCGCAUCUAGCGGCGGUGAAACCGGCGCGGGACAUGGGGAGCAAGGCCUGGCGUGGCACGAGCAUCAGCGGAGCGCCGUCGCGCAUCGCUCUCGCCCUGCACGCCGCGCCAGCUCCCAUACCGUCGCGUCUCCGCCGUCUCCUCCUCUUUUCCCCCCUGCCUCUGCCACACCCCUCCCCAUUCUCUUCCUCCACUGCCCUGUUCGCCCCAUCUUCCCCCGUUUUUCCCACUCCCCGCCCCGCUAUCUUUCCCCUCUCCUCCCAUCCAUCCCGCGAGCAGGCGUGGGAGGCGGCGUACGAGUUGACGCCGGGUUCCUUCCUGCCGCCCCUCUCCGUCGCCCUGCCGCCCGGCGUGCCGCCCGCGCCGCACCUGGAGGACUGCACGGCGGGCACGGCGGCCAGGGCGCGCGCAGAGGCGCGGGGGGAGGGGGUACGAGGUGACGACGCGUCCAAUCUCCCGCUGACACGUGUCGCUCAAACGCACAUCUGGCAGCACCAGUUCCCCCCUUCAUGCGACCACCGCCGCCUGCUGCUUGCUGACUGGCUUCAUCUGAAUGCUGACGUGGCAGCAGGCAGGGCAGGGGAGGCGGACGGGGGAGGCGGCAUGGGGGACAUGGAGGGGCUGGCAAGGGAGGUGCAUGUGGUGGGGGGCCUGCUGGCGCUGGCAGUGCUGCUCAACCGCACGCUUGUUGUCACACCGGGCUCCUUCCCCCAUGCCAACUACUCCGCUUGCUCCGCCACACCAGAGUCGCUGGCCUGUUUCUUCGCCCCCCUCGCUGGGCCUCUCUGCGAGCAGGCAGCAGCACACGCCAUGGCCGCCCACCCGCCCGUGCGCGCCCUCGCAUGCGCCUCCAGUCCCGCCGCCAAAGAGGCCGCUCAGGGCGCCUCCCAGGGAUUGGAUGAGCUGGAAGCCCUGCUGACGUCAGCAGAUCCGGUGGUGCGUGUCUGCACUGGGGCGUUGAGCCGGCACCAACUGCUGCUGCUGGCCAACGAAUCACGCGUCGCCACGCAGUGGGGUGCAGCUGUGAGUGCGGCAUCCCAGUCGGUGGAGGUAGCAGGGGUGGUGCCGCCACACGACAAACACAGGGAGCAGGUAGGCCAUGGCCGUGCGUGCACCCAUCAAGGCUUACAUGCUGUCAGCUCUCGCAUUGCUCUCAAUCAAGAGGUAUGGAUCAACCCCCUCAUUCCCUCAUCCCUUUCCCGCCCAUUCCGGUUAUCCUCCCUUCAGUUGCACUGGUGGCGAUCCCAGGCCGUCCGAUUCCUCUUCCGCUGGCCAUCUGCCCACCUCUGCCACGUCACCAACCUAAUCCGCCACAUCAGCUACGGCCGUUACAUUGCUGCUCAGAUGCACUCUGCCGCCCAGCAGCAGGCUGCCAUCAUCCGCUCUCUCUCUGCUGGCCCGUCCGAGGCCGACAAGAGUGUUGGAAUCGAUACGGCUGCCGAAGCCAAAUUCCUAGCCUCGGUAGACAUCAGGGCCGGGCCAAGCCUGGAGGGUCGGUUGUGGCCAGCAUUAGGGUUUGAAGGAUGUGUGAAGGUGAAGGAGGGAACGUGGGGAGGGAGUGUGAUUAUAGACGAGGUGAAUGAGGGAGUGGGGAGGGAGGCGUACAUCAUGCGGCCAAUAGUGAGUGUGCAUGUGAGUGUGGGCACAGGUGGGGCAGCCGCAGGAGCAGCAGGGGAGGCGGUGGCUGCAGCAGGCAGCAGUGGCGGUGCAACCACCAACACUACGCUGCCAGCAGCAUCACCCCAGCGACCAGACAUCCCCGCGCUCAUGUUCUUGGCCCAUCGUCUGAGGCGCUAUGUGCCACACUUGCGCCACGUGUGGUUGACGGCCUCUGUGCCUGAUGUGAGCAAUGAGCUCUCGGAACACCGUGACUGGACGUUCCACAGUGCUGGAGGGAGUAUGGAUGCACAUGAUGGGCAAUCAUGGCCUUCUGGUUUGGAAGGCAGCCUGGGCACUGCAAUGGGUGCCACAGCUAGUAUGCUAUCUCAGCUCCUCAUUGCCUCUGAAAGUGAUUAUUUUGUUGGUGCUCUUAGCUCUUCCAGUGCGAAGUUGCUGAACGAGUUUAGAUGCACUAAUGGGAGGCUGCUGUCUGGAUUCAUUUCCCUGGACCAAUAA